AAUUGCAUCAUAUCUGAAAUUGUCAACAAAAUUCUAUAGAAUCCAUAACUUUUCCCUUAUUUUAUAUCAAAUGCCAUCAUAAGCAUUCCUAGGCUGAGCUGAAAAACCAAGAUUAAUAUAUAUAACAGAAAGCUUCAGCCCAAAAAAAAAUUCUAAAUCAGAUAAAACCACUAAUUAUCAAUCAAUUUGCAUUCAUAGAGGCUACCAAAUGUCAUCAUUAGUAGCUUCCAAACAGAAGCCUAAAAAUUUCCAUGUUUUCGCUGCUCCAAUCUGAUGGGAUUUAGCUUCUAACAAAUAUCUUUAUUGCAGAGUUGGAGAAACAUGUUAUGUUCCUCAUGCCCCUUCUUUGCGUUGCUUGCUUUUGUGUAGGAGAUAAAGAUUUCACCUGAAUUAGGAGAAUUUGAGAUUCUAAAAUGAUAAAAUGGGGAAAUUGAUUAAUUUUUUACUUACAGUUACUUGUUUGGAGAUUGCCAUCCACCAAAUUCGAGUGUAGGCUCAAUAUUUCAGUCCUACAAGGAGUUCAUCAAUUGCAACCAAAUUUGGCUUUUCACUCUGCUGGUAUUGUUCUUGUUAUGGUUGGUUGUUGCAACCAAACGAUCGAGUUCCAUGGAACGUUCGGACCAUGGAUUAUAUCUCAAAACAUGUCUCCCCAUGUUUAUCCGCAGAUAUAUCCAUCAGUUCCAUCAGAAAGAACUUGCAUGGAUUAUUUUCAUUUGCUCAACAUUGAAACAGGGCCCAACUCCAGGAAUCUAGCUGAUCUUCGUCGCUAUGAUCCUCUCAGCAGUGCUCUAUAUUUUUUUUAUACAUUUGAGAUUAUCAGAAAUUGAAUUUUGAUUAUUGAAACUAAAAAUCCAGUACAGCUAUACUCGUUGUUCACAUACAGUUGUGACGAUCUUGACGUACAAUAGUCCGUAGCUCUAAUCCAUAUGACCCCAAAAAAGAGAGAGACACAAGAGAAGCUUGUUCCACAUUCAGAUCAAACAUCAAUCAGAAAUUCCACACGAAACAAAUGGUGAGUAACACACACCUAGACUAAGUUUUUGGACCACCAAACUCCAACAAAAAAAAAAAAAAAGCUUUGGACCCCUGUUUGUCCUACAUCAAUUCUUCAUCUUCUGCUUCUUAUUUGUUGCUGAAAUGCUGCACAUUAUCAAUGACCCCACAAGCAUGCCAAGUAGUGGGCCCUAUAUCCACAUAAUGGUGAGAAUGUGGAAGCAAAAAUAAAAGGAAAAGUUCCCACAAGGAGAAACGGUUGGUAACCAUAUCAGAAAGAAGAGAAAAAAGAAAAAGCUGAAAUUUGAAUUAUGUCUAGCCAGGUUUUCUUGUCUGUUUUUUACUCUCAACAAUCCCUUUGCUUUUUCGUGAAAAACAGCAGCAUAUGAUAUCAUAAUUUUUGCAAUUAUUUGGUCCCCAUGUACCAAAGCCCACAUAAAUUCCAAACCCCAGCAAAGCAGAAGAACAGAGACCCAAAAAAAUUUGAAAAAAAAAAGCUUGAUCCCUUAAUAUAUUUUCCUUAUCCCAAGAAACACACACUUUGUUCUCUCCAUGGCCGUUGACUGACUCUCUGCUUCCUUGUACCAUCAUGUAAUUGUCACCCAGGUCACUUCUUCUAGCACAACCUAAUCAAACCAUUACAAUAAAUACAAGUAUAGAACCAUUUUUUUCCAUGAUUUUAGCUCCGUAAGACAACAUCAGCCCCAACAAAAACGGAUGAGCUUUACUCUAUGGCUUACUCUAACAGCAGCCUCCAUAGCGCUUCCCUAGGUUGGGAUCUUCAAAACCUUGGAGUUCUCAACGCAGACACGUCUUUAGUCAUGGAUGGAACUGCCCCAUUUUUUCCACAUCUAGACUCUGAUUUCUCUUCUGGGUAUCUGGAAGAUGCGUUACUUGAAUUCAGUGAACGGUCCAAACGAAGGCGCCUGUUAUUAUACAGUGAUCAUGAUCAAAUCAAUGGCUUAAAUGAUCUGGCAAAGAGCUACUGGAAUUCUAGCUGCAACAGGGGCCUUUCUGAGAAUUUCAGCUGCAUGAGCCAGUUAACAAGCAUUAAUGGAGUUUCAGAUGACCCACUGAGCACAUCAGUAAGCAGUGAUGAAGCAAACAUUGUUACAGAGAUGAAAAAACCAGAAGAGGCAAUACCAGGCAGCCCUGGAGCUCUUGAUUCAUCAUCUUCUUCUUACAAAGGAUCAGUGAAGACCAGAGCAGUUUUUAACAAAGACCCCCAACUUUCCACUGACCCCAUUUCUUCUUCUGGAAGUAACGAUAAGAAGAAGAAAAGGGUGAUAACAAGGGUUGUUUAUCCAUUUGCAUUAGUGAAGCCUGGUGGGAUUGAAGGUAACAUGACCCUAGACGACAUUAAUCAAAGGAUUCUAAUGCCACCAACAAGGCCGGUGAGGCACCCAGUAGGGGAGUUUGCUUGUAGGCCAUGCAUAUCUGCCAAUGGUCCUGGCCUUUCUGGAAAAGCUGUAGUGGCCCUUACCAAAAUACACACUCAAGGGAGAGGCACUAUCACUAUUAUUAGAACCAAAGGUUAAGGAAUUUUAGUUUAUUGAAAUAUGAUACUGCUUGCUCUUACUUCAGCAUAGCUCAUGCUUUGUUUGAAAUUAAUUGUAUAGGAAGAGGGCUGAAUGAAUCAUGCAUGAAUGUAAAAUAGUUUACUUUUUUUCACAAAUGACAUUUCAAUCUCGAACAAAAGAAG